GAGGAGGCACUCCAAAGAUUCAGUUAUCAGCCAGCAAUAGCAACCUUUCCAGCAACGUUAUGGUGAACGUCUCGUCUUCUUCAGGUGUAAAGAUGGAAACAGAUUCUUCAUCAUUUAAAAGAAAACGUGAAGAUGAUUACGACUCUGUACAGUAGCUCCUUCAGCUGUGAAUGCUUGGAACUUUAUAAAAAAAAAGUGUUUGAUAAGUAAAUGUUUUUACAAAACUUGAUGUGCUCCCUACUGUUUUUAAUAUAAGAAUGCACGUAAAGGAUAUUGAAAUUGUAGAUUAUUAUAUUAUUUAUAAAUGUCACAUUUGAAGAUUAUUCCAGAUAGUAAUAGUGUCCUGUGUUAUUUUUGUGGGCAUAGAACACCUCUGGUGGUGGUGGUGGUGUUGACACAUGUUCAAAACAUCUUGUGGACUGAUAUGUGGUCAACACAUCAGCAGAGAAAUCCUGUGGUGGUUGUGUUGACAAGUGUUAACAAAAUGUUGAGCAGAGAAAACUUGUGUUUUUGUUGACACAUGCUCAACACAUAGGCAAAGAAAACAUUCAGUGGUGUUGACAUGUGUACAAUAUAUUUUGGUACAAAAUUAAGGAUGUUUAUACAGUGCUUAUUUCUGAGUUUGUGGCAUUAAGCAGUUCUUAAGAAGCUUUUACUUAUGAUAAGUAUUAAGUGCAUAAUACAUUAAUAAGAAACUAUA